GGACUCGGAGGUGGCAGCGGAGCCGGGCUCUGAGCGGCGCGGCGGCACACGGCGGGAGCCGGGAAGUCCCAGAGCACCGCGGCGCCUUCUGGCUCCCGGGACGGGGCGCGGCGGGCGUGCGGGCUCCUCCUCCGCGGCCACCCCGGCAGCCCCGCGUCCCCUCUGUCGCCCGCACCUGCGCGUCGCGGUCGGUCCCGCCCUCGGCGGCGGCUCACCUGGGCGCCGCGCGGGCCGGGCGCCGCCUCCGGGCCGCAGGUGGAGCGGGUAGGGCGCGGGCACCAUGAGCAGCGGCGCCAACAUCACCUAUGCCAGCCGCAAGCGGCGCAAGCCAGUACAGAAAACAGUAAAGCCAGUCCCCGCUGAAGGAAUCAAGUCAAAUCCCUCUAAGCGACAUAGAGACCGGCUGAACACUGAGUUGGACCGCCUGGCCAGCCUGCUGCCCUUCCCACAAGAUGUUAUUAACAAGCUGGACAAACUCUCGGUUCUUAGGCUCAGUGUCAGCUACCUGAGGGCCAAGAGCUUCUUCGAUGUUGCAUUAAAAUCCUCCCCUGCUGACAGGAAUGGAGGCCAGGAUCAGUGUAGAGCACAGCUCAGAGAUGGACUGGACUUGCAAGAAGGAGAGCUCUUAUUACAGGCACUGAACGGCUUUGUACUGGUUGUCACAGCAGAUGCCUUAGUCUUCUAUGCUUCCUCUACUAUCCAAGAUUACCUGGGCUUUCAGCAAUCUGAUGUCAUCCAUCAGAGUGUCUAUGAGCUUAUCCAUACCGAAGACAGAGCUGAGUUCCAGCGCCAGCUUCACUGGGCUCUAAACCCUGCACAGUGUACAGACUCUGCACAAGGAGUGGAUGAAACUCAUGGCCUCCCACAGCCACCAGCAGUCUACUUCAACCCAGACCAGCUUCCUCAAGACAGCAAUGCUUUCCUGGAGAGGUGCUUCAUAUGCCGGCUCAGGUGUCUGCUGGAUAAUUCCUCUGGUUUUCUGGCAAUGAAUUUCCAAGGGAGGCUAAAGUAUCUCCAUGGACAGAACAAGAAAGGGAAGGAUGGAACACUACUGCCUCCACAACUGGCUUUGUUUGCAAUAGCGACCCCACUUCAGCCACCAUCCAUACUGGAAAUCCGAACCAAAAACCUCAUCUUCAGGACCAAACACAAACUAGACUUCACACCUAUUGGUUGUGAUGCCAAAGGGCAACUUGUUCUGGGCUACACGGAAGUCGAGCUCUGCACCCGAGGCUCAGGAUACCAGUUUAUCCAUGCCGCUGACAUGCUGUACUGCGCAGAUUCCCACAUCCGCAUGAUCAAGACUGGAGAAAGUGGCAUGACAGUUUUUAGGCUUCUGGCAAAACACAGUCGAUGGAGGUGGGUCCAGUCCAAUGCACGCUUGAUUUAUAGAAAUGGAAGACCAGAUUACAUCAUCGCGACUCAGAGGCCACUAACGGAUGAAGAAGGAAGAGAGCAUUUGCAAAAGCGGAGUAUGACACUGCCAUUCAUGUUUGCUACUGGAGAGGCUGUCUUGUAUGAGAUCUCCAGCCCUUUCCCUUCCAUAAUGGAUCCCUUGCCAGUACGUACCAAAAGCAGUACCAGUGCAAAGGACUGGGUUCCACAGUCAACCCCAAGUAAGGAUUCUCUCCACCCCAGCUCCCUUAUGAACUGCAUAAUCCAACAGGAUCAAUCCAUCUAUCUCUGUCCUCCUUCAAGUGAUGCACCGCUAGACAGCCAUUUUCUCACCAACUCUGUGAGUGAAGGCAGUGGUUGGCAAGGCAGCAUUGCAUCAAUAGGAAAUGACUCUGUGUUGAAACAUGAACAAAUUGGACAUGCUCAGGACAUGAACCCUGCACUCUCUGGAGGCCCGCAGGGGCUCUUUCCAGAUAACAAAAAUAAUGACUUGUACAGCAUCAUGAGAAACCUAGGGAUUGAUUUCGAUGAUAUCAAACGCAUGCAGAGUGAGGAGUUCUUCAGGUCUGAGUUGUCUGGCGAGGUUGACUUCGGAGACAUCGACAUAACAGAUGAAAUCCUGACAUAUGUGCAAGAUUCUCUAAAUAAGUCGACCUUGCUGAAUUCGGCCAGCCAGCCACAGCCUGUAACUCAGCACCUAAGCUGUAUGCUACAGGAACGCCUGCACCUAGAACAGCAGCAGCAGCAGCAGCUACAACAGCACCAAACUCAGGCAGUGGAGCCCCAGCAUGAGCUAGAGCAGAUGGCACCCCAGCAACAGCUGUGUCAUCAGAUGGGGCUCCCACAGCAACAGCUAUGUCAUCAGAUGGGGCUCCAGCAGCAACAACUAUGUCAUCAGAUGGGGCUCCCGCAGCAACAGCCAUGUCAUCAGAUGGAGCUCCCGCAGCAACAGCCAUGUCAUCAGAUGGAGCUCCCGCAGCAACAGCCAUGUCAUCAGAUGGAGCUCCCACAGCAACAGCCAUGUCAUCAGAUGGAGCUCCCGCAGCAACAGCCAUGUCAUCAGAUGGAGCUCCCCCAGCAAGAGCUGGGGCAGAAAAUGAAGCAUGCAGAAGUCAACGGCACAUUUACAAGUUGGAACCCCACCCCUCUCGUGCCUUUCAGCUGUCCUCAGCAGGAACUAAAGCAUUACAAUGUCUUCUCAGACUUACAGGGGGCUGUUGAGGAGCUCCCCUACAAAUCUGAGGUGGACAGCAUGCCUUACACACAGAACUUUGCUCCCUGUAAUCAGUCUGUGCUACCCCAGCAUUCCAAAUGUACACAGUUGGACUUGCCUGGGAAGGGUUUCGAACCGUCCCUGCUCCCCAGUACUUCUAAUUUAGGAGAUUUUGUCACUUGUUUACAAGUUUCCGAAAACCAAAGACAUGGGAUAAAUCCACAGUCAGCCACAGUCACUCCUCAGGGAUACUAUGCUGGGGCCAUGUCCAUGUACCAGUGCCAGCCAGGACCACAGCACAUCCCUGUGGACCAGAUGCAAUACAGCCCUGUGGUUCCAGGCUCCCAGGCAUUUCUAAACAAGUUUCAGAAUCAGGGAGUGUUAAAUGAGACCUAUUCGUCCGAAUUAAACAGUGUUGGUCACAGGCAGACCGAUGCUCAUCUUCAACAUCCAGCAGAAGCGAGGUCGUUUCCGGAUAUCACACCCAGUGGAUUCCUGUAGCUGAAGGAACAUAAUACAGGAACUGUCCAUGCUGGCCAUAAGCACUCUUUUUCCAAACCAGAUUUUAAUCUUUGUGUUGAGAAAAGGAGUUUAAAAACUGUUAUCUGAACUUCUCUGCUCAGUGACUUCAGCCAGAAAGAGAGCGAAGUUCUUUGAACUUCAGGAUUCCUGAUAGUGUACCAAAUACCGUUACAAGACUUAUUGAUUCCUAUGUUUGUAACUUCUCUUUGUCCCAGAUGUUAGAAUAAAUGGUUUUGGUACUUGCAUCAGAAGAGAAAUCUCAGUGUUUUUCCUUCUGCACUGUUAAUAUAAGUGCCUCACGUUCUUUUCAGUCCACCUGUAACACAGUAGGGUGUGCAUUUUAUAUAAAGUGCUCUUCUAUCUUUGUUGAAUUAAUAUUCUUUCUGCACAGAAAUGUUACUGGAUCAUUUUUUAUUAAUUCAGGCAUGUUCUUACUGCACUACUUGCCCCCUUUCUUCAGAUAAAGGGCAGAUGAUAACUGAAAGGUAACUAUUUAUUAUGUAAUAUACUUGCUUCUGGACUGUUGAUGCUCUCCUGUGCCUUAUGUUGAAAUUUUGAAAGUAACAUGUAACCAAGAUUAUUUAAUUAUUGCAUAAAUAUUAAGACAGUAGCACUUGCAUUUUAACAGUGUUUUCUGAGAAGUGGCAUUCUUAGAGUGGCACUGUCUGCUUUCACUGAAACCUCCAUAAUGACACCAGAAUGCUGGCCAUCACGUGAAAUGCUCAACCUCCAUAAUGACACCAGAAGGCCACCAUGUAAAAUGCUCAAGGCAGCCAUGUUCACUAAGCUACAGUGAAGGGAAGUGGAGUUUGUCUAGCUCUUUGGUUAAAUUAAGUAAAGCACUCAUUUCAUUAUGUAUACGUUGUCUUUAAAAGCUAUGUUAGGUCUAUGAUCCUUUUUGUUUCACUUCUUAUACUAGUGGAAGCUAUUAGUUUUCCUCAUAUUUGAGGAGUGCUAAGACUGAAGUUGCCAUGUUUGGUGCAAGGUAUUUUAAUGAAUGAAAUGAAUGGUGUGUUGUAUAAAUGUAAUGAACAAAACAAUCUGUAAAAUAUUUUCAGUUUUCAUUUAAGAAUAAUCCUUACCUCAUAUGUGUAUUUUUUUCGGUGUAUCUCGUUAAGAAAUCAGAUAAUGAAUCAAGGCUUUUGUGCUGGUAUUAAGGUAAAGGUAAAUGUGAUCUGUUCACCUCCAUACACUGUUGGUAUGCUACCAACAUGGCAGAUUCAUCACUUGGCCAAAUUUAUGGUUCUCAAAUGGCUUAAAGAAAAGAAAAAUACUGGUGUCUGUCAUUGUUUUUUGUCAUUUACUUAGAUAUAAUAUAUGAAGGACAUGAACCUGUUUUUCAUAUGUUGUAUAAAAAUAUGAUGAAACCCCAAACUGAGAUGUAGUAUUAAAAUAUGCAGUGGCUCUUAAUCUUUAGGCCUUGACCCAUUUGGGGGUCAAACAACCCUUUCACAGGGGUCACCAAAGACCGUCAGAAAACAGAGAUAUUUAUAUUACAAUUCAUAAUAGCAGCAAAACUAGGGUUAUGAAAUAGCAACAAAAUAAAUUUAUGGUUGGGGAUCACCACAACAUGAGGAACUGUAUUAAAGGGUCACAACAUUAGAAAGGUUGAGGACCACUGAAAUACAGGCUCUUUUAUCUCUCUUUUAGAAAACUAAAGUAUGUAAGCACAGCUUCAGGUAAAGAGAUCUGUCAAUUCUAUGCAUUUUCAGUCAAAAUUCUUAAUCUUUAGGAAUAAGCAUUGAAAAAUGACUGUCGAGAACAUUUCACAGUUUGCUUCCAGCAUGAGGUAUCACUAAGGAGUAAAUCUCCAUUAGAAGUUGUCAGUCUCUUUUACAUGUUAACAAAUGUUCAGUUAAAAACAUACUUUGGACAUUGCAUGCAUGGUGGCAUUUAAUUACACACUUAUAAAACUAAAAGUUUUAAAAGCAAUAUUGUGUAUUUUUACCUAUAUAAAAUAACUAAAAGUCUAAGAAUAAUAAAAUCACAUUAAAUUGAAUAUGUAUUUGUCUGCAUUGCUAAAUGCCCAACAAAAGGAAUGAUUAAAGCAGUGCUGGGCUGGGGAGUUACUUUCUAGAUGAAAUUCACAUCUAAGGCCGUGUGUCUGUGUGACUUGCGUUCUUGCUAUCCAGAUGUUUCUUACAUACGUUAACACUUACCAAUAUGCCAUUGUAUUAACCUUUCAAUUGUUACUACGCACAAGCUAGCUUGUUUGAGUAUGAAUUGAUUUAAGUUUACAUAGCUUCUUGCUAUCCUUCAAACUGUUAUUGCUUACAUACGCCAUGCAUAGAUUUUUGUUUACUAAAGUAUGAUUUAUAAUAUCCUUAAACGUUGAAGAAAAUGUAAACAGUGAUAUACAAUAAUAAAAUAACCACCAAGUAUGAAGAA